AUGUCAUCAUUUGGAUUUUGUGUGAAUGGAAGUUCACCGGAUACCUCUACGGAAUACAAUGAUAUAUUGGUGCAUAUGAAUGGAUUGAGUAUAGCACUGGGAGUGGGAUUAAUCAUAGGUGGUGUCAUAUCAACAUUACCACAACACUACAAGAUCUUGAAAUCUAAAUCUGCAUCCGGUCUAAGUUAUUUAUGGCUGUUCCUUGGAAAUGUCAAUCAAUUUUCUGCAUGUGUAAAUGCAUUUAUGCUUAAAUAUCCACAAAUAGAUGCAUGUACAAAAUUAGGAUUUAUGAAAUGUGGACCAUCUAUGUUAGCACUCAUUCAAUUAGUUGCACUUUGGAUGUUUACUUUUCCAAUAUAUAUUUUGUAUAUAAUUUUCACACCGAAUGAUUUAAAGAGGAUAAAUGCAACAGGUGGAGAUAUAGUUUGGGCAAGAAGAGAAUAUAGAUUUGGUAAAAUAUUUUUCGGAUUGUUGAUAAUAUUCUUAAUGGUGAUACCUGCAACGAUGGCGGGUCUGUUGUAUCAAUACGGUCCAUGUAAACAUCCAUCCUACAUCUUUGGCUAUACAAUGGGUAUCGUCUCAACCAUAGUUACAUUCAUUCAAUGGUCACCACAAAUCUAUAAAACAUGGAGACAAAAGUCUGGUGGUACAUUAUCUAUUACUAUGUUAUGGAUUCAAGGUCCUGGUACUGUUAUCACUAUCUACUUUUUGGUGUUUGUUUCACAGGAGAGCGUGUCGACAUGGUUGUCCUAUGUCAGUGCAGCACUACAGAUUUUCAUUCUAUUGAUCAUGUUGAUUUACUACAAGCACAAGAACAGAGAUAAUCAAGAGAUCGUUACAAUCGUCAACGAACCCAACGAUCUUAUCGACGAAGACCCAUCUGCUUCAAGUGCUUCAUUCACCAACUACAUAGCUGCUCACGAAGAUUCACAACCUCUAUUAAAGAAGAAACAAGUUACAUAUGGUUAA